CGACGGCCGGACCGUGACCUGCUGCCUGUUCUCGGAGCGAGAGCCGGGCGGCCCCCAGCCGACCCCCGCCGCCGCCGCCGCCCCCUCCGGCCCCGACGGCGCGGCCGACGGCGGCUCCCCGGAGCGGCGGGGCCGGGAGGCGCGGGCGCGGCUGCUGCUGCUGGAGCAGGAGCUGAAGGCCGUCACCUACUCGCUGCUGAAGCGGCUGAAGGAGCGCUCGCUGGACAGCCUGCUGGAGGCGGUGGAGUCCCGCGGGGGGAUGCCCGGAGGCUGCGUCCUGGUGGCCCGCACCGAGGUGCGCCUGGGGGGCCUGGCGGCGCCCCCGCACCUCCUCCUGGGCAAGCUGUUCCGCUGGCCCGACCUGCAGCACCCCGCCGAGCUGAAGCCCCUCUGCGAGUGCCAGAGCUUCGGCGUCGCCGACGGACCCACCGUCUGCUGCAACCCCUACCACUUCAGCCGCCUCUGUGGGCCAGAGUCUCCACCACCUCCCUACUCUCGGCUGUCUCCUAAUGACGAGCAAAAGCCACUGGAUCUAUCAGAUUCCACGUUGUCUUACACUGAAACAGAGGCUACAAACUCGCCCAACGUCACGCCCGGAGAAUUCUCAGAUGCCAGCGCUCCGCGGGUUGCGAUAAGAUGCUGCUCGUGGGGCGAGCGGGGAC